GUUUUAGCUUCAGGAAUAUACUUGCAGCUCAAACUAGAAGUAAUACACAGGACCUAUAAACUACUUUAAGCUCAACAAGCGAAUUCGCAGUCUUCCUUUUCACUCUUAGUCUCUUCACAGUCAUGCAAUUAACCAGUGCAUUAACGAAAGGCAACCUUCUUCUUUCCCUCUUAUCUAGAUUUCUGUGUGUGCGUCAUCAUUCAUCAGCCAACUUGUUUGUCGCAGGACUUUCCUGGAAUACCAAUGAAUCGAUUCUGAGAUAUGCCUUUGAGAAACAUGGUGAAAUCGUUGAAGUUAGAGUAAUAUGUGAUCAUGUGACUGCGAAAUCAAGAGGUUAUGGAUUUGUGCGGUUUGUUUCUGAAACUGCAGCUGCUACAGCUCGCAAAGAAAUGAAUGGCCAGAUACUGGAUGGAAGACGCAUUCGGGUUACUUAUGCACACAAAGGCUAGGGACUAAGUCGGUCAAACAAUUCAUGGUUGCAGCAUAUUAACUCACGAGUUUUGCAUUGUGUCUUUCUUUGUGAAUUUCUGAGUUAUUCUUGUUUUAAGAUUUGAUAGUUCUGUUGUCCCAUUAUUAUUUGAAAACACUUGUUAUAUUAUGAGGACUUUGA